AUGUGGAAACGGUGGACUCGAGAGUAUGUGCGAAGCCUCCGUGAACGUCAUGUAAACGGGGGAGGUCACCAAGCGUCAGUGCCAAGAAAGGGAUCAGCCAUGAUCAUCCAAGAUGAUAACAAGAACCGAAAAACGUGGAAACUCGGGAUCGUUGUAGAUAUGAUUAAAGGAAAGGACGAUGUCGUACGGGGAGCUAAAGUUAAAACAGCGAACGGAGUACUGGAAAGAGCAAUCCAGCAACUAUACCCUCUUGAGUUGACUUGCGACGAUAACCACUUCCAGAAACCUAAUCCCCAGGCACCCACCUUCGUUCCACGAGCGAUGAGAGACGCAGCUGCCGCUGCAAGUUUACGAAUCGAGCAACAAGCUGAGGAAGACAUACGAGAGACAUAACUUUCCAAGAGAAACUUUUGUAGUUCAAAUUGACAAUUUAUUAUAUGACAUUAAUAUUUCAGUUUUGUUUAGAAAUCACGAGAGGACAAUAACGAAGUCAGUCUCAAGUGGACAUAUACCUCUUCAACGAGCUAUAUGGGGGAGUGUGUUGAGAACUGACAGAUAAGCCUUUACAAUUAUGUAUUACAUAGAUAGAAUAGUUAUUAGUAUUAGUACUAGCAAUAUCAAUUAUUAUUAGGGAUAUCACGUGACACUGUAACAAGAGAUGAGUGAGAAUAGGUAGUGACUAGGGACACGCUGUGAGUGCAUCGAGCACGAGUAUUGUUGUUGUUGUAGAAUUAUAUUUUUAUUAAAUGGUUUUUAUUUUGUGACUUGUCGAGGACUACAGUUUGGAGGCAACAUUCUCGACA